UUUCAUUCACCAUACUCAUACCUUCAAUAACCAAUUUACCAUUUAUUUUUCUCUCUUCUUCAAGUUGGUAGUUUAAUUUGAUUUAUUUAUGGCUGCACAAAACUCUCAGACUCAGUUCCAAGAUUACUUGCCCUUCAUGGCCAACAAGCUUGGUGGGGAUGGCCUAAUUGAUGAGCUAUGCAAUGGUUUCAAUCUCUUGAAGGAUUCAGAUAAAGGGGUUAUAACGUUUGAGAGCCUCAAGAAGAAUUCAGCUUUGCUUGGCCUUCAAGGGUUGAGUGAUGAGGACCUUAAGUCAAUGGUCUUGGAAGGGGACUUUGAUGGUGAUGGUGCACUCAACCAGAUGGAGUUCUGUGUUUUGAUGUUCAGAUUGAGCCCUGAACUCAUGGAAGGUUCAAAGUUGUGGCUGGACCAUGUUCUUCAACAAGAACUCCAAGAUUAUUCUUUCUAAUUUUUUUUUCCUUUUUACAAUUAAUUUUAGUCAUUUGGGGCUAAUUUUAUUUUACCAUAUCUUUGUGUAAGAAUUGAAAGAGAAAGAUGUGAAAUUAAAUGAAAUGACAGAGGACAUGAUUCAUUUUGA